AGAAGCUUUACAAAAUUCCUUCUUCAAGAAGAAACACCCGUGGAGGAAGAAGACAUUAAACAAAACAAAUUUAAAAACUGUAUGUAUAGCUUCAUGUUUUUAAUAAAAUAGGAAUGAGGACAAAUGUUGCUCUUCAUCCUACCAGCUGUUUGUUCUUUGGUAGGGGAUCAUGAGUGGAAAAGCAAAGGCAAGAAGGGCUGCCAUGUUUUUUAGAGGUUGCUCUGAAGACGCCAGCGGUAGCACCAGUGGCAGCACUUUGCUAUCAGAGGAUGAAAACCCUGAUGCGAAUGGGGUAACUCGAUCAUGGAAGAUUAUUCUAAGUACAAUGUUUACUUUGACUUUUCUUCUUGUAGGCUGGAGUGCAGUGGCACGAUUUCGGCUCACUGCAACCUCCACCUCCCGGGUUCAAGGAAUUCUCCUGUCUCAGUCUCCCAAGUAGCUGGGACUACAGGACUCCUAAGUCAUCAGUGGCUUAAAGAAACAGAGGUUCCUCAGAAAUCCAGACAAUUAUAUGCCAUAAUUGCAGAAUAUGGCUCAAGGCUUUAUAAAUUACAGGCCAGACUUCGUAUGCCUAAAGAGCAACUGGAACUUUUAAAGAAGGAAAGCCAGACUCUGGAAAACAAUUUUCGUAAAAUUCUACUUUUGAUUGAACAAAUAGAUGUCCUGAAGGCAUUGCUUAGAGAUACGAAGGAUGGUACGGACAAUAAUCACAGCUGGAACGCCCAUGGAGUCCCUGUGGAGGACCCAGACCACACAGAGGAAAUGUCAAACUUGGUCAAUUAUGUACUUAAAAAGUUGAGAGAAGACCAAGUCCAGAUGGCUGAUUAUGCUCUGAAGUCGGCCGGAGCCUCCAUCAUUGAAGCCGGGACCUCAGAAAGUUAUAAAAAUAAUAAAGCAAAAUUGUACUGGCAUGGGAUAGGUUUCCUAAAUCAUGAAAUGCCUCCAGAUAUUAUUCUCCAGCCGGAUGUCUACCCUGGAAAGUGCUGGGCUUUUCCAGGUUCCCAGGGUCAUACCCUAAUCAAGCUUGCUACAAAGAUCAUACCUACUGCUGUUACCAUGGAGCACAUCUCAGAGAAGGUGUCUCCCUCAGGGAACAUCUCCAGUGCACCCAAGGAAUUUUCUGUCUAUGGCGUCACCAAAAAAUGUGAAGGAGAAGAAAUUUUCCUAGGUCAGUUUAUAUAUAACAAAACAGGAACCACCGUUCAAACAUUUGAACUCCAGCAUGCUGUUUCUGAAUAUUUAUUAUGUGAAACUUAACAUCUUUUGUAACUGGGGACACCCGAAGUAUACUUGUUUAUGUCUCGAUUCAGGGUCCACGGCACACCAGGCUCAAACACAUCUAGAGAGUUGGUGCAGAGGUCAUGCCACAUGUCCAGAAUAUUCAGAAUUACUUAUUCUCUUAGAUGAUACCACACAUAGGAAUUGAGAAUUAGGAGUGGGAAAACCUCAAAGUGGUUCAUACUUGCCUAUAAAGUAAGCGAAUUUUACGAAUAAAAAAUAUGGAAGUAGAUUAAA